AUGGCAGAAACCUAUUGGGUAAAUCCUUUCCAGAUGCUUCGUUUUAAUGGUAACGAGAAGCCAACAGAGUUUACCAGUAAGGAGGCUGGAGUAGUAGAUGACGAGUGCGAGAACGGUGUUGUUUAUUUCGGUUUGUCCGGGUGCUUAGGAAAGCAUUCUUUUCCGACAAACCGGGAUGGAACAAAUGAGCAUGAAAGAUUUUUAAGCAAAUUAUUCGACAAUGAGAAUAAUAGUAGUUGGGGGAAUUAUGGAAAAUUGCGUUUUUUUUCCUCGCCAUACCAUAAAAUUCACAAAGAUCUCUUUCCUUUGUCAGAUAAUUCCAUAAUCCGUACACAUUCAUCCCGAUCGCCAACACCUGGGUCGUAUACCAAAAAAUCCUCACCACCAUAUUCGACGCCGACGCGAAGACGCCAUUCCUUUAUCUCACCAGAUGACAAACAUAACCCACCUUCACCACAAAAGGGCAUAAAUUAUAUGCCGCUGACACCCACCAAAGUUGUCACUACUGCAGAUGCUGCCGCUGUAUUUGCGGCUUCACUUGUGCCACAACUAAACUACGAAAAAAAGUUGCAACAUCAAACCCCUUCCCAUAAAUAUACAUCAGAUGAAAAACAACAUAAAAAACAACUAAAACGAAGUAUUAGUUUUAAUCAUUCUAACCCAGUCUCCCCUCGUCAGACGCCGAUUAAUCCUUACAUAGAUGUUGCCGAAGUAUUGGCCACGACGGUUUCUUUUGUCCGUGAAAACAACAAGAAGCUCGAUCGACUUUCAGACGAGGUUAGAAGUGAGGGGCACAGCAGUGACAACGAUUCUUACUUUAGCGAUGACAGCACUGACUCAUGGCCGCAUCAGUCUAGCGGGAGUAAUAAGGAGUUUGAAAAUGAAAUCACGAUGUUAUCCGUUCAAUUGGAUUCAAUGGAACAAAAAUACAAAGAGCAGAUCAGGGGAAAGAAUAAAUUGAUCGAGGAACUUGAACGCACCCUGAAAAGACGUGACAAAGAAGACAGAAAGAAAUGCCUUGAAAUCGAGCGUUUGGAAGGUCAGCUUGAGGCAUCGAAGAGGGCUAUCGCCGAGCUGGUCGAACAACAACAGCUCGAGACCUUGAGUGGAAAUCAAUCUUCGGAUCUUGACCAAUCCGAGGCCCUUAUACUCCUCGAGCAAGAACUUGAAGAAAAAAAUAAGAUCAUCGAAGACCUCACUAAGAAAAUUCAGAUUUCUACUAGACGCGUUAACGAGUCGAAAGAAAAGGAAAAGAAAUUUGAAGCAAUUUCCAGUCAACUUUUAAAAUACCAAACGCUUGAGACCGAAUGGCAGGGUAAGCAAAAAACUCUUGAUUCUUUGUCCUCUCAACUAGAAAUUCUCAGGAAGAGGGAGGCCGAGAUUCAUGAAAAAGACUCGCUGAUCGAAUCCCUCAACAUACGGCUGGACACCUCCCAGAAAGUUAUCGCCGAGUUACGGGAGAAACGUGCACCUGUAGAUCUACUGGGACAACUCCGUCACAAAGAUUACAUAAUUGACGAUCUCACCCAACAACUUGAGAACAUUGACGCUAAUCUAAAAGACAAAGAUGAUGAGAUUGAGUCCCUUAGCUCUCAAUUAGCUUCUGAGUCAAAGAAGGUAGAAAAGUUAAAAGAUCAAAACUCUCAGAUUGAUCCGUUAAAAAAGCGUGUCGAAGAGGCCGACGGUCUUGUCUAUGAUAUGCGUCAACAAGUUGCUCAAAAAGAAAGAGCUCUUGCCGAACUGGAACGAAAACAUCAAGAAUCUUUGCGCAACUCCACAGAAAGCGCCGAAAAACUCAAAGCACAGGAGCAAUCCGCCAUCGCUCUCCGUCAAGAAGUUGCACAACUUAGGCAAGCUAUAACCGCUCAGGCUUCUGAAGCCCGUGAAAAAGAUCGAAUCUUGUCUUCCCUCAAAGACGAAACAGCACACUUCCGAUCGAAUUAUCAGGGUCUCAUCAAUGCUGUCACCGAGAGAGACCAAAGAAUUGCUCAAUUUGAGAAACAAUUGGAGAUCCUUCAAAAUGUUCCAAAGGUCGAACCACAGGAGAAGGAAAAGGAGACAAAAAUUAGUAAGUUGAAUACUUUACAAAAGGUCUUGAAUUCUAAAAUUGAAGCCUGUAGAGAUUAUGAAAAGAAGAUUACGGACCUAGAGAAAGAAUUUGAUGGCAUAAAAAAACAGUUGGAAGAAUCAAAGAAUGCAAGCUCAGAAAAGGAGAUCAAGAUCACUAGACUUGUUAAGAUGAACCGCCAACUCAAGGAUGAGGUAACGGAAUUGAAAGAAAAAAUGGAAGCCAAAGAACAAGAGUUGAUUACCAUCAAAUCUCGAAUUCCGAAGCCCGCUCAAACAAAGUCCCCAGCAUCCUCGGUAAGGUCCGCCUCAAAGACUCCCAAAUCCAGAGUGUCCUCGAUUUACAGCGUUAGUGGUGGCGAGAGUAGCGGAGAUGAAACGGCGAACGGAUCUCGUUUGCGCAGGCAAUCUAGUUUAAACGGUAUUGAGAGUCCGUUACGAAAUUCCUCAACAAGAAGAGUUUCAGAUAGUCCACGCGCCACUUUGAUCAGGACCAAAUCAUCGACUUCCACCUCAUCGAUCGAGAGUCCCAGAAGUAGCAUCGCGUCACUUCAAAAACCCCGAACGUUCUCCACACCUAGUACCGUAGACGUCCUCAAAAAGAAACGCGAUGCCACGAUCACUCCAAAAAAGGAACCUAGUCCCAUCAAUCGUUCCGCCGUUAACCAGAGAAAACGUGACAUGGUGGUUUUGAAUCACAUGUUGAGCGGUGUUGUUGCACCUGAUAGAAAGAAUAGAUCAUCAACGCUUGCGACCCAAAAGGCUACCGUAGGAAAGACCGUUGCCAGGAAAAAACCCACUGACACAAUAUCUAGUGACAGCGAUCGUGAAGUGAAGAGUGAACCAGCGAGAAAGCGCACCAGCGAUCUGGCCACUAUCAUGGAAAGUACUCGACCAAAAGUGACCAGAGCCUCUGUUAACAAAAAGACCCCGAUCACACCAGUGAAGACUAGACCUUCUUUGACUAGACCCCUACCUUCGAAAAAAUCAUCGACAACUGCAUGA